UCCCUGGUAGGACAGUCGAUGUGUUGCUUGUAUUUAGGGAGUUCGUGGUUGAGUUUAGCUUUGUUAAAGUCCCCAAGAAUAAUAAGGGGUGAGUCGGGGUGUUUUUUUUUAAUUUCGUUGACUUGAUCGGCGAGCGUUAGCAAUGCGGCGUUCGUGUUAGCUUGAGGCGUUAUAUAGACCCCAGCCAGUAUGAAUGAUGCGAACUCAUGUGACGAGUCGAAUGGUUUACAGUUUAAGAAUAGCGACUCCAAAUGCGGGCUGCAGUGUGUGCUGAGCACCGUGACGUCCGUACACCAUUUUUCGUUGAUAUAGAGGCAUAUCCCGCCGCCCUUUGUUUUCCCCGAUGAUUCCAUGUCGCGGUCCGCUCGAUGAAUGUGGAAGCCGGGGAGCAUGACGCCGCCAUCGGGUACAGCGUCGCAAAGCCAGGUCUCCGUGAAGCACAUGGCCGCGGAACGUCCGAAGUCUUUCCUGGUCUUUAACAGAAGAUGAAGCUCGUCCAUUUUGUUGGGUAGGGAGCGUACAUUUGCGAGGUGGAUCGACGGGAACGCCAAUCUGUGUCCUCUCUUGGGGAGUUUCACCUGAAUGUCGGCUCGCUUCCCUCUGUGGCGCCGCUUCCGUCUCCAUGCGCCGAAAACCGCGGACGCCGCUCCGGUGAGUAACUCGGGGAAAAAAAAUGAGCGGAUAUUCGAAAGUCGGUGACAGAAAGUCCGGAGUAGACUCCUUGAUGGUUAGCAGGUCUCCCCUUGUGUAAGUGAGUCGUGUAAAGUCUCCAAAGACGGACGAAAAACACAAAAACAAAGACAAUACUAGAGAGCGCGUUACCGAGGCGACCACACUGGUAGGCGCCAUCUUUGCUCAUGCAAAUGAAAAGCAUUAUCGUUAAACAAAACAUAACCAUAAAGAAAUUAUGGCUGUUAUUCAGUCAUCAGUCAUAUUUGGGGGGGAGGGAAACAAAUUAUUUUUUAAACCAAUUCUGGCAGGGUAUAUAAACCUUAUGAGCACAACUGUACGUACAUGCAGUCAUACGUACCCCUGUCAUAUUGGAGAGUGUAGGCUACACAUUUUUUAUAACCACUGGGUGGCGGUGGCAUUUUGGAAUGAAAGUGUACAGCUUUUUCAUAACCACUAGAUGGCGGCAUGCAUUUAUAUAAUGUGAAAGUUUUUUCAUUUUCCCCUAUACCUAUGUAUAAUGUGCACUAUUGACUUGAAAUUUUUUGGGGGUGCAUUAUACAUGAGAAAUUACGGUGCAUGGAUCAUUUUACACUUGAAGCUGUGUGAGUCCCAGGAUGUACAUGUCUGGAAACAAUGAGUAGUUCCUGUAAUUUAUCAUCAUGGAAUACCGCAGUUAGCUGGGAUAGGCUCCAGUAUACCCUUGACCAGGCGUGGGCAAACUACGGCCCAUGGGCCACAUCCGGCCCAUUGAGCAUUUCAAUGCGCCCCGCCAAAGAUUGGUACAAAAUUGCCGAAAUCAUAUCAAAAUCAUGACUGCAUUCAUUUGACCAUGUCAUGUAAUGCCCAGUGGUUCCACCAGGUUGUGCUGUAAUGCCCAGUGGUUCCACCAGGUUGUGCUGUAAUGUCCAGUGGUUCCACCAGGUUGUCCUGUAAUGCCCAGUGGUUCCACCAGGUAGUUCAGUAGGUAUAGUGAUACAUUGACUUGACUUUGGCUGUUCUGUUUUUAACUCUGCUACUGCUCAGAACUGUUCAACCAUGAGUGGGUCAAAGAAAAGAAAAGUCGACAGUGAGUGCCGAGUGUUUAAUAUAGAAUGGACUACUAAAUACUUUUUCACUAAAGUCCGGUCAAAGGCUGUAUGUCUAAUUUAAGAAACCAUUGCGAUUUUAGAGGAAUAUAACAUCAGCCGUCACUUUUCUACCAAUCAAUGCAGGAACUGAUGGCUAUGGCGCAGGGGUUAAAAUCAAGCUUGCAGGCUCAGUAAAACACCUUUAUCUGACAAACUGCCAUCCAAUAUUCAGUCACACAAGACCCUGAAACAGCGUCACGGGAGCCCUGAAACAGCGUCACGGGAGCUGCAGAUGGAACUGAUUGAUCUCCAAUGUGAUACUGUCUUAAAAGAGAAGUUCAACUCUCAAACUGGAUGGGUUUUAUGCGUCAUUAAGCGCAGACAAAUUUCCAAAAAUCCAGAAGAUUGCACAGAGGAUGCUGGUGGUGUUUGGCUCUACAUGUGUGUGUGAACAGACUUUUAGUGUGAUGAACACUAACAAAACAUCCCAGCUGAGUGAUGAACACCUUAGAUGUGUUCUGAGAAUUGCCACAAAAAAACACCAUACUUUGAUGCACUGGCAAAAACCCAGGUGAUCAACAAAACAACACUCUUACCAUUAAAAGUAAAUCCAAGUAUUAACACUACAAAUGCCUUUAUUUUGUUUUGUUUAUUUUUUAUAUGUAAUCAUCUGGUCCUGGCUUGGCCCGCCUGUCAAAUUUUAACGGUCAAUGUGGCCCCUGAGCCAAAAAGUUUGCCCGCCCCUGCCCUUGACCCUAGUGAGGAUAAGCGGUGUAGCAAAUGGAUGGAUGGAAUACAGAUACCUGUAAUCCUAGACUAUAUCAUCGUUCUUGCUUUGCUGUCCCACUACAUUGCAGUUUUGUUAUAGUUACUUUAUUUUUUAUACAUUUUGUACAAUAUUUUUGUGUUAUCCAUUGCUCUCUCUGAAUGUAUUGUCUUUAGUUUUUAAGGAAGCUAUAUUUUCCCAAAAACUAUCACCAAAAAUGAUAGUAGGCUAUCGUUAAUGUUUUUAUACCACAGAUAUAGUGAUAUUAGAGCAUAAUAAUGGAAGUAUAUCCUUUUUAAGAACAAUUAAUUCGUAGGAAUUUAUUGAACAUUGGAAUUGUAAUGUAGAAUAAAAAAUAAAGAUUUUAGAUAAAGAUAUAAAUAUAAAUAAAACACAGGCUCUGUUCUGUAAAACUGCACUUGAACAAACAUUUAACAUUUGCCACAGAUUAGCAGAUUAUACACAGUAAAGUAGGCUUUAGGCAAUCAGGAUUUUUGGGGCUGAUCACCGAUCAGCGAGUUUAAAAAACAAAACGAUAACCGAUCACCAAUCCGAUCACAAGAUGGAGCAGUGUGUCUAUUUAAAUGACUUGUUCACUUACUGUAUUUACUUUUUACUGUAUACUGAGUAUCUUCAAAAGUAUUCUCUAUUCAGGUCCUGUAUUCUAAUCAGUCAGGUCAAACCAACAUUACAAUAUGACAGAAAUAAUGGGUGCUAUUUUACUGUAAUUAAAUUACUUUAUUGUAAUUUACAGUACUAUGUCCUAAGACACGACAAGGCUCAAAAUAAAGUAGCAAAAAAUAAAAAUAAAAAAUCUUCCUCAAAUGGCUGGGUGUACAAGUAGACACUGUUUUUUGCUGCACUCUAGAGCACUGUCUUCUUAAAAAAACAUACGCCGGAUCCAUAGCAUUGCGUCCUCAGAUGCAGAUUAAUCUUACUUUAUGCAUCCCUGCUAAUUUUUGUGCAUCUCAGACGAGGUACGCAUAUCAAACGAGAGCCCUGUUUAUAUACUGUCUAUAGGCCUAUAUCAGGUAAAUUUCUUUUCACAUUGUCUGGAAAUGUCUCACAGACAUCUUACCGGUGAGAGCGCAAGCAACAUUUUGGUCUUCCGGGUCCCCAUGUUGCUGCAAUUGACCACUCUCUGCGACGUCGCCGCCAGUGAGAUCAGAAUAAUUUUUUUGCCAAGUAUAUCCAAAAAACACAAGGAAUUUGUCUCCGGUAGUUGUAGCCGCUCUUGUGCGACAACAGUCAAUUGACAGAGAAUGCUUUUGAGACAUAAAGACAUUGAGAAAAACAGUCACUGAGCAAUAAAGUAUGCAUUACUUUAUUAUAAGUAAUGCAUUUACUUACUUACUUAUAAGAAGUUAUAAUACUUCUUAUGUACUUACUUUUUAUAACUCUUAUCUGGCAUUACCAGAUACGAGUUAUCUGGUAAUGCUGGUACAAUUGUUUUGACAAUUGUGCAAAAAGAUGCAAAGUCCUCUUGCACUUAGAGCAGUUUGAAUGACUAAUAUAGCAAUAGUCCGGUGCAAUGACCAUUGUGCAAAGGGUGCCGAGACUUCAAGGAGUGUAUGCAGUUUAAAGUGACUAGUAGGGCAAUAAUCUGGGACAAUGUCGUUUGUGCAAAUGUUGCAGAUACUCCUGUCAGUGUGCAAGUGGGCAGAUGCUACUCUGGCAUGAGUGGCCAGUAUUGGUCCACAACAGAUAUGCAAAUAGUGCAGCGUGGUGAGACUACAACGGUGAGUGCACGAGUAUGUAUGAUUGGCCUGACAAAAAUGUGACAAUAAACGCAAGACAAAAAUAAAUUGGCAGCAUGUUGCAAUGGAAUUGUAGAUUAGCUGUUUAAGAAGUUGAUUGCAAGAGGGAAGAAGCUGUUGGAAUGUCUGCUAGUUCUAGUUUGCAUUGAUUGGUAGCGCCUACCUGAGGGAAGGAGCUGGAAGAGCUGUGGAGGGUCCGAGAGGAUUUUGCACGCUCUUGUCUUAGUUCUGGCAGCGUGCAAGUCCUCAAGAGUGGGUAGGGGGGUACCGACAAUCUUUUCAGCAGUUUUGAUUGUCCGUUGCAGUUGGCGUUUGUCCUUUUCUGUAGCAGCACCAAACCAGACUGUGAUGGAAGAACACAGGACUGAUUCGCUCAGCACACAGUGCAGCCUGCAUUUAGAGUUGCUGUUUUUGAACUGUAAGCCAUUCUACUCGCCUCGUGAGUUUGCAUCAUUCAUUCUCACCAGUGUCUAUAUUCCUCCUCAAGCUAACACGAACGACGGGUUGCUAAUGCUCGCCGAACAUGUAAAAUUGAAAUUGAAAGCUAAACUGAAAUAGAAAUUCAAAGCUAAAGUCAACCAUGAACUCCCUAAAUAUAAGCAGCACAUCGACUGUCCUACCAGGGAAAAUAACAUUUUAGACCACUGCUAUAGUACGCUAAAUAACACAUACCGUGCCAAACCUUGUGCAGCACUGGGCUCGUCUAAUCACUGCUUAAUUCACUUAAUACCGACAUACAGGGAAGAACUUAAAUGCGUGAAGCCUACAGUGAAAACAGUGAAAAAGUGGACCAAUGAAGCAAAGAUAGAACUUCAAAGCUGUUUAGACUGCACAGACUGGAGUGUCUUUGAAAAUUCAGCUGGCAGCCUGGAUGAAUAUACGGACACCCUCACAUCCUAUAUUAGUUUCUGCGAAGAUGUGUGUGUAACAACAAAGUCAUUUCGCACAUUCAAUAACAACAAGCCGUGGUUCACUGCCAAACUUAAGCAACUUCACCAAGCUAAGGAAGGCGCAUAUCAGAGCGGGGACAGGUCCCUGUAUAAUAGAGCUAGAAACCAGCUGACUAAAGAAAUUAACAUUGCAAAGAGAAACUAUGCAGCAAAGUUGGAAAAACAAUUUAGCGCUAACGACUCAAAAUCAGUCUGGCAUGCAUUACAAUCGCUGACCAAUUACAAGCGACGAUCACCCCAAGCUGAGAACAAUAGCACACUAGCAAACGACUUGAAUACCUUCUACUGCAGAUUUGAAAAGGACACUUUCACACCCCACACCCACCCAGCCGCACCACCGACCACAAUCACACCUCUGACUUCUGCGUUAACCAUCCACGAACAGGAUGUGAGACGCAACUUCAAACAACAAAUAAUUAACAAUGCCUCAAAGUCUGCACGGACCAGCUCGCUUCAGCCUUCACACAGAUCUUCAAUAGAUCUCUGGAACUGUGCAAGGUACCAUCUUGUUUCAAACGCUCCACCAUCAUUCCAUCAUUCUUGAGCUGAACACGCUCAAGACUGUAGAGAUGAUCGUGGACUUCAGGAAGCAUCCUUCGCCACAGCUGCCCCUCACGCUGUCCAGCUGCUUUGUGUCAACCGUCGAGACCUUCAAGUUCUUGGGAAUUAGUCUCUCAGGACCUGAAGUGGGCGAUCAACAUCAACUCCAUCCUCAACAAGGCCCAGCAGAGGAUGUACUUCCUGCGGCUUCUGAGAAAGCAUGGCCUGCCACAGGAGCUGCUGAGGCAGUUCUCCACUUUAUUUGAACACUCGAGUUCAACCAUCAACUGGUGUGAUCAGCUCCCUUCAUCGUCAGCUGCGAUCUCAAGCUCCAGUCUCUCUUCAGCCUCUCUGUCCAGUUCCAGUCUCUCCUUAGAAUCCAGAGCACCAAUACCAGCAACAUCCGCAUCAGAUGACAUGGAUUCAGAUGAGAGGCCGUAUGUCUGUGACUUGUGCAGCUGCGCAUACAAACAUGCCAGCUCCUUGCUCAACCACAAGCUCACUCACAAGACUGGAGACUUCAGAUGCGACUUUUGCAGCAAGCCCUACACCAACUACAUGUCUUUGCGUAACCAUAUGCGAAUCCAUGGUCAGAAGCGCUACAUGUGUGAUCGUUGUGGGAAGGCCUUUCGAUUGGCACGGUAUCUCCGCAACCACCAAAGGAUCCAUGAUGAUGGGCCAAACCGCUUCGACUGUCCUUCUUGCUCCAAGAGUUACAGGACAAUGCUAGAGCUGGCUCAACACCGUUGUAGUGCUGCAACACCCAACCAGUCUGGCAGUCGUCGUUCAAAUUUCUCUGCCACACCUCGCCGUCAGCAGCAGCGGCAACAGCAGCAGAACAAUACUUCCUCCAUAAUGCAAUCGCAGCAUGGAGGACACAAUCAACAGGAACCUCUGUCAUCUCACUGCGUUUCUCCUAUUUCCCAGGGAGGACAGGGUGGUGGUUUGGCCAGCCAGUCUGUCCCUGACCCCCACCAGGUAGGGAAAACAUACCAGGGUCGGGCCAGCACUGUGUCGUCCCAGAGCAGCCAGCCAAAUAUGAGGAGCUCAACCUCCUCCAAACACAUCUCCUCCUCCAGCACUACGGCAACAUCCUCCUACUCUCUUCUCCAGCCCCUGGUGCCUGAGGUAAAGGAGAUGAGCUUGGGAUACACUAGGCUGAGCACCAAUCUCAUGCCAAAGCACCAGGACACUUUCUCUCUGACCCCUCAGCGGGCCCUCACCACUAUCAACACCAUUGGCCAUGGCCACUCCCUCCAUCCAAACGGAGCAACAACACUCAAGCCUUCGCCUGUGCCACGUACCAUCCAGGCUAUGCCCUGGGAGCAGCGCUCACUCUACAAUCAAUAAAAUUUCAGGAACCAGUGUCCCUCCUCAUAGCUCAUCCAACAAAACCGUCACUCUUCUUCCCCUCUACUUUUCCACUUCCAGCAGUAAGGAUUGAGGACAUCAACCAAUGUUUAGAUGCCGGAGUGAGCUCCUUUUGGGACAUGUGUGUGGGAAUGGAAAACUGCAACAUUAUGAAGUUGGUGAGAUAAUUUCUGAAUAGUUGUUUUUUUAUAUAUAUUUUUUACAUCUUCCCCCUAAUGUAUGAUCCAUACUGGUCAUAAGUUAACAAUCUCCCCUCCUUCCUCUCCUUCUUUCCUCAUGAAAAAUUCUAUAUGCUUAACCUAAUUCUAUUGAAUUUCUUUUUAUAGAAACAUUUCAACCCUAAAUUUCAAGAUUAAGUAGGUUAACAAAUGUUCCUGUUUUCUUUCUUAAUGAGACUUAUGCAAUUGGAAAAAUGUUACUGAACCCUCUUUUCACUCCACUUCUUGCCACUAUGUACAUUCAGGACUACUUGAUAAAGUAUACAUUCUCUUAAGCCUUACCUAUAGAUAAACAUUGAGGAACUCCUGUUGUUUCAAGUAUAACUUCCAGACGAAGAUACUCACACUAGAGCCCUUUAUUAAGUCUUCUUUAAUACAAAUUGUAAAUUUGUUUCAAAAAGAUGCCAGCAUUAUCAAGUCAAAUUUGCCUAGUGACUUGUACCUAAAAUCCAAAAGAGUAUGUGUUACCUUUCAAAUGAAGCACUGUAAGACGAGGUUUUACUUGUUACACUUAUGUGUUAAACAUUGUACUUUUCCAGCCCAUGUACCAGCUAGUAUGUUAUUGUGACUGUGCACUUGAGCCAGUUUGUGCCCACAUAAUUGCAUUUGGAAGUUACACACAGAAAAUUGUUUGUCUGUAGCUCAGGACCCACGCACUGCCCCCAAAAGACUUUUUACUUGUACAAAAAUCACCAGGGUAGAGAUUAAUUUAGCAAAUAAAAUAAUUCCAGAUACAGCUGUAGUUGGAUGCGACGGCCAUGAGAUCCAGGUCAGUUUGUGAAAGUUUCAUUAUGGCUCCUGUAUGUAGCUGUUAUAUUUCUGUUGAAAUAUCAAAAAUCCUACUGACAUUAUUUUUUUUCUUUUUAAAGUUAUUUGUAUUUUUUAUUCAUCUUGUCAUCGUUUGAUGUUUUCUCUUUCCUUGUUAAGUGUCUUGAGUAUUUAGAAAAGAACUAUACAAAUAAAAUGUUUUAUCACCA